CAGAAGUAGAAAUUGAAAGUGGUGGACUCCCACCCAAGGCGCCCCACACUCCUGCCGGAUAGGAUUGUGAGGGAAUAAAUCAUGGUAUAAUUUCAACCUGAUCUUUAGAGAGGCUGCCUCGUACCCGAUGCGCACAAGGAGCAAUUACAAAUAGUAGAACUCCCUGCAGCCGCCGGAAGUCGUUUCUAGGAUCAAUGGGCUUGACAUUCUCUCCUUGGAGAGUUGAGCUACCCGUAGGGGAGAAAAAAUUGUUUCUUGCUUAAUUUACUAUCCUAAACGGUAAACAAAGGCAAAAGUAGCAAUGAUUAUGGUUGCUUCUUCCUUUUCCUCUGCGUAGCAGUUCAGCAAUGUCUGAACGUGCAUCAUCUUGCUCUUUUUUCACUUUUCUUUCUUCUUCAAAGCACUUCCAAGAACAAAUUUAUUUAAUACAGCCAUGCCACCUCUGAUCAUUUCUUCUUCUUCUUCUUCUUCAAGCAAUCUGUAACAGUGUUAUAAGAACAGUAAAACAAUGCAGUAGUUGUAUCUACUCGUGCAGAGACGAUGAAGAGACAAAGAGACACAUUGUCGGCAGUUUUGUGUGCUGCAGCUAUUCUCUGCUCGGGGAGAGCUGCUACAGACAAUGAACAUCUUUCUCCCCAUAUAUCUUCACCUUCGAAUUCGGUGGCCCCUUCACCGGAAAACAACCACACGAAAGAAGUUGUGUUGGGAAUUGUGGUUGGAAGUUGUGCAUUAGGGGUUCUGGCAGCAGCCGUAGUUCUGCCAUGGAUUUUCUGCUGUCAUUCGAAGAAAAAAGAUGAGAAAGGCCAUAACCGAAACAGCGACCACUACCUUGUAUCCAUUGGAGGCUGUGAUCUUGGAUUUGACAUGGAAGGCUUGUUGAGAGCUUCUGCAGAGGUUCUUGGUAAGGGAACGUCUGGGACUACAUAUAAGGCAGCUCUAGAGGGCGGCGCAGGCACAGUUGUAGUGAAAAGACUGAAUGAUGUUUGCGUCGGGAGAGAGGAAUUCCACCUGCAGAUGGAAGUUUCUGGAAGCAUCCGGCAUGAGAAUGUGGCUCCUUUGAAGGCAUACUACUACUCCGAGGACGAAAAGCUCACGGUCCAAGAUUACUACAGCCAAGGGAGUGUCUCUGCAAUGCUACAUGCUAACAGGGGCGAAAACCAGUUCCCAUUAGAUUGGGAAACACGAGUCAGAAUUGCUACCGGUGCAGCGAGAGGUAUCGCCUAUAUUCAUGGAGCAAAUCGUGUCCAUGGGAACAUCAAAUCAUCAAAUGUUUUCCUGAACUCCAGACAAUACGGUUGUGUGUCUGACUUUGGCUUGGCAACACUGGUAAGUUCAGUGGCUCCAACCCUCGCAAGAACCACAGGAUAUCGGGCCCCAGAAUUUUUGGACACGAGGAAAAUGACUCAGGCAUCUGAUGUCUACAGCUUUGGUGUUCUUCUGUUUGAACUCCUCACCGGGAAAUCCCCUAUGCAUUCUGCAGGUGGGGAUGAGGUUGACGAUUUGGUGAGAUGGGUGUGCUCUGUUGUUAGUGAAGAAUGGAGUGGUGAAGUAUUUGAUGUGGAGCUUUUGAAGUAUCCUAACAUAGAGGAAGAAAUGGUAGAGAUGCUACAGGUAGGGAUGGCCUGUGCAGCAAGAAUGCCAGAGCAGAGGCCAAAAAUGGCAGAUGUAGUGAAGAUGGUAGAGGGCAUUAGAAAUCAGCCAUCCACUGGGGAGGUUCAACACCAAAUUUGACAACUCCCUUGGCUAACACAGGAACUUCUUCGCAUUUACACCAAUUUAGAUGUAAUCUAAGAUUUUUCUUAAAAGCUUUGUUUGGUUGGGUUGAAAUAGGUAAGAAGAAAAUGAUAGGGAGAGAAACAUUGGAGAAAUUAGUUCACGAUGUUUAAGGUCGGAGUUUCUUAUCAUGCUAUGUUUGAUGCGUGUUUUUUACUCCAUAUUUUGUAAGUGUCGUUUGGCUCCUCUAUAUUG